AUGCUAUUUUUAAUCUUCCUCGGUUUAACCAUACAUCUACCUGACAGUAAUUCCCAUUGAGGUCAAUGGGAUUUACUUUUGAGUAGAUACGUGUAGGAUUGAGCUGUUGGACGCGGUAGCGAGGACAUCGAUGCCUGGCGUCUUGAGCAGGCUUUCUUGUGUGCUUACGCAAACGGUCCCUCACUUUUAAAAACUAAGUUUUAGUCUGUCUAGUAAUCCUCUCCUGUGGAAGCCUCCCUGGUUGAUUCUUGUGCCGACGUGGUCUUUCAUUAUUUUUUUGCUUUUGCACGUCUGGGCUGGGUAGUGGUAGGUGGAGCGUGUGCAAAGUUGAACUGUGUGCGCGCUGUCAAAUGCCGUACAUGGGCUAUGUGGCCAGAGUCUACGUGUGUACGCAACUUCUGAGCAGCACGUGUUAGUCGGACGCGCGCACAGUGGACGUAAGGCGAGCUGCCGCCGCGCUCGUUUUCUCCCGCUCCCGCCCCCACCCCCCGUCCAAGGUGCAAGAAAAAGAAUAUCUGCACACACAGACAUGUUCUGCCUCAGGAUCUUCCAUUAAUCCACAAGACAUUAAAUAGUACAAGGCUUGGGGUGUGUGGACCAACUGGCCCCAAGGCACAAUGGCUGCACCAACAAAUGAGAGGGGCACUCAAAAGCUCCGCUUCCUUGACUGGCUGAUCAAUCAGAUCAACAGUGGAAGAUAUGAAGGACUGUACUGGCUGGAUGAGAACCACACAACCUUUUGCAUCCCUUGGAAGCACAAUUCAAGGAAGAACCUUGUAGAGAACGAUUACAGGAUUUUCCAGGAGUGGGCUGUGGUUAGCAGAAAGUACAAUGAAGAUGUACCAGACCCAGCCAGAUGGAAAACCAACUUCCGCUGUGCCUUGAGGAGUACAAAAAGAUUUGAAGAAGUGAAGUCAGGUGACUCUGACUAUCAUGUAUACCGAAUUAUUCCCUGCGAUCCUAGUGCUGCACCACCUGCUAAUCCUCCUGCUGAUGCAAACAAAGAGAGUGACCUUGAAGAUGAUCAGUUGCGGAUCAGCCCCUACAAUGAAAGACCCCUAGCUCUGCACAAGCCUGCACCACUGAAACAGCAGGAGAUCGAUGUUGUUUUUGACAAUCUGUCAUUGGAAAAUUCAGUCCCAGGUACGCUGUCAAAACUUGAACGCCCACUUCUGGCUUGCGAACUAAUGUCAAUUUGGGUGCCAGAUCAGAAUGCAGCAGAAAACUUCUACCCAUGCAGUGGUGAUGUGGUGCCCUGGGUUAUGCAGCAAGUUGUGCUGAAUGAAAUGCAGGAGGUCUCAUGGGCCCCUGUGCCAGCUGUAGCACCAGAUCUUCCUCUAGGGGCAGGUACAUGUACAACCCCUGUUAUCAACCAAAAUGGCUGCUUGCCUCUAGGAAAUGGAGUAGUGAAUGAACUGAUAGCAAAUAACUAUUGUGAAGGAGCAUCCAGGUGGCUGGCUGCAAAUCCACCAAAUGUGAAUUCCCAGCCAGUUGCCACUCAUCUGCUGCAGCAUGCUCAGCAGAACUCUCCUCCUGGGAUAAAUCAAGCUAACAGUGAUGGAGAAGCCUUGUGCGAUAACAACCACUUCAUUGAAAAUGUGUUCAUGAAUGAAGAACAUGGAGUGAUGAGCAAUGUGCCAAGAAAUCAGCUGCUAACAAACCAGCAAGCCAUGACGGAACAGAACACAUUUGCACCUCCAGUUGUCCCCUCCCCACCAGAACAGCCCCCUCUUAAUGCUGCUGCAGUGCAGAACAAUGUAGGAUCUCAGUCUCUUAAUCUGAAUGUCUCCAUCUACUACCGAGGGAAGCUGAUGCAUGAAGGAGGUGUGGAAUUGAGCAGCUGUUGGUUUACCUACAACCAACACUACCACACCCUAGGCAAUCCACAGAUGAUACCGUUUCCAUUUCCAGACCCAGAGAUCCUACCUGAUCGUAAGCAAGUUCGGCACACCUUGACACUGCUGAACAAUGCAGAUCUGCUGCUGUAUCAGAAGAAUAAGAUGAUCUGUGCCCGACGACUUGGUCGAUGCAGGGUCUUCUGGGCCUUCUCCAAGGAGUUGGACAACAUGGCUGAGCGCCCUCAACCCAAAUUGUUGCAACGGGACGUAGACACCGAGAUCUUCAACUAUGAAAAAUUCUAUCAAGAACUGAUGGCUUUCUGUGAUGGCCGAAAAUGUUCCUCUCCUGACUACACCAUCUACCUCUGUUUUGGCCAGUCCCUUUCAGCUGAGAAACCCAAAGAAUCCAAGCUAAUCUUGGUGAAGUUGGUGCCAGUGGCUUGCAGACAGUACCAUGAAGUUGUGCUGAGGGAAGGUGUCUCAUCCUUGAACAGCGACAUAAGCCUGCAACUCUCCAACAGCCUGUUUGAUUUGAUAGAAAGAUAUAUUCAAAGUCCUAACUCUAUGCAGACUGAUUAGAUGUUGACAACAGAAAAGAACAUUUAAUACAUCUCAAGUUGAAAGACCAGUAUGUAUGUAUGUGCAUUCACGAAGGGCAGUGGCAGCGGCAGCUGUUCCCAUUUGGCUUGGGUGAGGAACUACAAUAAAACCCAUCUUUGGGGUCUCUAUACAGUAUUCUGUCACCCUGCACAAGUUGUGCUGAUAGGACAACCGUUUAUCUGAGGCUGGAAAUAACAUGUUAACCUCACCCUAGGAAUCCACAAUGAAAGCUGCACCCCAGUAAGUUGUGAGACCACUUACCCUCUCAUAAGAUCUUGAAACAAAACAUCAAAAUAAUAAAAGCCAAAAUUACAGUCCAGUUCUCAACCAAUUCCGUACACCUGAUUAAACAAAUGCAUGGUGUGUACUCCACACUGAAACUAAGGCUGUUGUGUAGUCCAUGCUAAAAAAAAUCUGCACCAUGCAAUGCAAAUUCUAUGAUCUAUAGAAACGAUGCAAAUUAAUCAAAUUAGCACAACUUGUUCAGGUUUUGCUAGUCUUCAUGCGUGAAGCAAGAAUGUUGCAGCCCUGCUCUCAACCCCUACAAAAUCCUAACCCAGCCACAUCUCUGGCUUCUGAGAUUUCUGCAGGCACCCUUCCAACCUACAGCAAAAAAUAAAAGCAAACAUUCUCAGGAAGCAGAGUUCUGUGCUCAGACUUCAUUCUGCAGCAUUUCUCUUGCUGGAUGACUUCAUGACAUACACACCACUCUGUUUAUGAUCUAUCUUCUAGAGAAGGAAAAUAUUUCUUUAUGCUGAUGUCUAGCCCCAUUUCAAGGCAGUCCACUGCUUCUAUUGCCAUUUUUACCCUUCUCAAGCCUCUUCUCCCCACCCCAAACCUAUGGCACAGAAUACACAAAGGAUUUGCAAAAAUAUAUGGUAGCUGAGGUGGGCUUCUCCAUUUUAAAUCAGGCUAAUCCAGUCACUUGGGGCUGCUGGGAUUGGCAAGUGCUCACUAUGUGCAUCUAGAGGGUCAGUCUGGGCUUUUUCUGUAUAAGGGCCAAAUGAAUGGAAAGGAUGUAUUUAGGUUUUAUCUGGCAUUAUGAUGCAGCCAAUACUGGUUCAGUUGUCAGGAGACAAGCUACUGAGAUAACAGCCCAAAUCCACUUCUGCAGCCAACCAGAAUAAGCAAGUAAACCAAGCAGUCAUGAGAUAUUUGGCUUUUGGUUUGGCUGUUUGGGAAGGUGUUUUGGGGGGAGACUGGAUGUUUUGCCUGUUUUUGAGGGAGGCAGGUUCUGAGCAUCACCAGUUUUUCUUCUAUGUGAUGGCUAAUUUGUGGUUCCCAUGACAGUUUCUUAGAUUUCCAAGUAUGCUCCCCCCAAGCCCAGAAAGAUUGGGGAUCCUUAUUUAAGGGGUAGCAGUGGGGUCUGAGAAGUGAGCCCCGGGUUCCCUUGGAGUCUUGCUGUGAUAUAGACUUGGAGAGGUGCUGCCAGCACUCUCUGUGACACUAAAAGGCAUCCUGUGGAGCAGCCUGUUUAAGUGGCAUAAUGACCACUGUCUGCCCAGCCAGUCACAAGCCUAGAGAAGCAAAGCAGCACAUCUGUCCAAUUAAGUUUGUGUCCACAAAGGAAAUGAGAGUGUCUUCUAGUGGGCAGUUGUUGAGGCAGGAUAUUUGCUCAGAGAGCUUUAUCUUGUAUAGGCUUGAUUAUGAGAGUUGGAAGUCUGCUCAUUGGCAUCUAUGUAGGACAGGGAGGGGGACCCUUUGCCAAUCAGGGCCCCCAAGGUGUCCGAUUUGGCCAGUGAGGCCAUUUUUCCUAAAUCAUGCCCACCAACUGACAUCACUAGUGAUGUCAGUUAAUGGGUGGGAGGAUAGGGCUUAGUCCUACCUUGGAUGUGGGAUCCUGUUCCCAGCAGGAAACAAGAUUGUGCAGCCCUGGCAGCCAUAUUUAAUCCCCGCUUGCUAGCUGAGCAGGGAUUACAGCCCUGUGCAAAAGCACCCUUUGAAGCAGCUCAAGCACAUGCAGUUCCAGAGGGUUGAAAGUAUAUCUUCAAAGAGGUACAAGUGGGGCCCUGCAACAAAGUGUUGCAGUGUAGAGGACUCCUGUUCAGGAUGCCCACCAGCACAUCCUGCCCUCUCCCAGCAUGCAGUCCUCACUGAGAUGUCUUUGUGGGGUUUCCCCUUAAGAUUUUUCUCCCAUUGUUUUGUUUCUGCAAACCUUGGGCUUCCCUCAAGCCUGCUGCUAUCUGACUCUUCUACACGGCUGGAAUCCACACUUGGAGGAUGAAUUCGCUAUUGGUAUAUAGGAUUCCCAUUCUUGCUCUUUCGCUCAUUUGCACCCACAAAUGCACAGAUGCCUCUUAAGGUAGUGCUUGCAAUCUGUGUUUUUUUAAAGCUUACUUGUAUUAUAAAAAAAUUUAAAAAUUACCAAUAGAUUGGGAGCACUUCUUACUCCAUUAACUGGUUGAAAGAUGUUUAAUGGACUAAACAGUGCCAUAACAGCACAGCAUGGGAAGUGACACAGCAGAAAUGUAGGCAACCUACAGUUCUGUAGCACCCUUCACACUUGCCGUAGGAAGUUCUCUAGAGAGAUGUCAAAGCAGCAAAUGGUAUUUCGGUUAUUCCCAUCUGCUGGGUAAACUGCAGUGAUCAGAUUUGCUUAUACAGAGGCACAUAUAACUCCCCUGAAUGAAAGCUAGGGCUGUGUACAGCCCUCCCUAUCUAUCUCAUGGCCCUGAUCUGUGGGCCACGAGGAGGCCCAGUCCGCCCUGUCCUGAGGAUGGGGCUACCCACUCUGCCCUGGAUCCAUCCCUGAAGUAUUGAGGGAGAUAGUGCUAAGAGUUUUUAAAAUUAAAAAUAUGGUUGGUGGGGGGGAAGGAGACAUUAUGACUCCUCCCCCACCUGAGGGUAACUGGUGCAAGCAGCGCAGGAUGGAAUUAUUUUGCUUAUCAGCUGGCAAGGAAGACAGCUUCUCUGCAUGUAGGGAAGCCACCUGUGAAUGAACAGCAACCAGCACCACACAGAAUGAAUCCUCCUGCUUACUAACUGAUAAGCAAGAGGAUUCCCUACUUGCGGGGUGAUGCUCCUUGGUGGGAGGAAGGGCUUUGGUGCACGGGGCUUUGGGAGGCCUGACAGGAAGGAGAGAUUUGGCGGGAAAGGCAGGCACCUACCUUCACCUGGGAAGAGGCGCCUUUCCUGUCAGACCUUCUCCUUUCUGCCCACACCUGCGUCUUCUCCCUUCCCUGCCCCCUGAUAGCCCUGCAUAGCUCUGGGCUGCCAUACCUGACCCCUAGGCAUCUGGGGCUAUCUCAGCCCAGCAUGGCCAAGGCCCAAAUGCCUCUGAAGAGACCCAAUUUGCCAAAUGUGGAGCAUAGCCCUAAUACAAGCCAUGUGCAUUUGCCCCAGGACAAGCAACAUGGUCAAUGAGAUGGAGUCAUGACUUGUGGCUCCUCCUAAAACUGACCCUGGGGAAAUGGUCGGGCUCUGAUAGCACUCGUGAUUUCUUACCUAUGCUGCAUCUUUCUAAGGCAUUCAUCACCUUAGUUUGUGAGGGCUAAGGGGUGUGGCAAGUGGUGCUGCAGUGAGAUAUUAAAGAAAAUAUGGAGGGGGGAAAGCUUUCUUUCAGUUGCUCUUAAGACAAGUUGCUGGCAUGGUCUCAUCAUAUAAGUUUUAUGGGAAAGAAGAUACUGAUCCUUGCCCGCCUGCCUAUUGGAGAUCUAAUGUCCAAAGGGGUAGCUAUGUUUUGUUGGUUUACAUAAAAAAUGAGGCAUGUAACUUCUAAAAACACUAAGACUUAUUAUAGUAUAAGCUUAUCCCACAACACAUCUCUUCCUGUGCAAUUCUGUGCAUGUUUACUCAGAAGUAAGGCCCAUUGUGUUCAGGGAAGCAUACUGCUGAGUGAGUUUAAGAUUGUGGUUUAAAACAUGCCUGGAGGCAUAAUUUUGCCUAUUUUUACAUCCAUUGUAUAGUUCUCUGGACUCUCUCUAGAUGCAUAAGUGGUUCACAGAAAUAUUUGUUUUACAUAGUAAGCAUGCAAUAUUACAUACAAUCAGGCAACAAAAAAUAACUAAUCAUAGGGAGAGAGCAGGCAUGCACGACUGAUUUGGAUAAUGCAGACUGUGUGUCUGAGUGUGUGUAUGGCUUAACGGACUUUACUAAAGGGGGCACACUCCUCUGUCCUAAAUUAGGCUCUCUAAUUUAAAGCAGUCAAAAUCAGUGGCAUGCUGCAUCCUUUAUCUUCAGCCACGAAAGCAGAUUGGAGGCUAUGGAAAUGGCCAAAGGCUGGUUUUUCCCCUUUCCCUCCAAUAUGCAAAAGCUGUCGAGAAAUCCACUUCCCGAAAGGAUUGGGCUGAUGGCAGAUUACUCUCAAAAUGGAAGUUAGGUAGCCUGUUUGUUCUCGCUUGAUGAAAACGGGGUUGGACAAUAACACUUGCAGAGUGCAUUCAGCUGCUGCAUGGCCUCUGCUUUCUUUACUUUAAAAGUUUUACUUUAAAACAACAACUAGUGUUCAUAAUGCAGGACGUUCCCUGAAAUGAAGGCAAAUUACACAGUCCAAGUGUUUAAGCAAAGGGCUGUGACGCCCUCCCCUGGUUCUCCCUGUCAGGUUCCCACCUGCUUGUGGCUACUGCCUUUCACUAGGCACCACCAGGGAUACCACCAGUCCGGACCAUCCUUUAUAUGUUUUCUCACUCUGCUCUAGCACAGAUCUCACUAGAUCCCCCUGCUAGGCAGCACCACCAGUCACGUCCUAUAACCAAUACUCCCAGAGACUUUGCCUGAGUCUCUCUCUAGCUGGUUACUUUUGUGACUGCGUGCUUAUGCUGUUCCCAGCCCCCUUGUAUCUUUAUAGAUAACGCAUACAACUCUGGGUUGCUCUGGAUACUUGAAUUGUUAUUAUUCCUCCCUGCACCGCUAACACCAUUAGAUACUAUUUCUGUUCAGCCUUGGUAAUUACCUUGCCCUCCCUUCUGGUAUGUAUAUCCCCCAGCCAAGGAUCAGGCCUUUGGUAAACUAAAUAAGUAUUUAUUAAAUAUCAGAAAUAACAAGAUUAGUUUUAGAAUGUUUCACAAGCAUAUGGUUUCAUCUAUUCCUGUUUUGUACUUGACUUAUUAUUAAUCAGAACUCCAGCUCCCUCUUUCUCCACACUCCUGACCUCCACACUCCCAACAUCCACCCAGAUUCAACUGUCAUUCUUCCAUUUAUACUCCCAGCCAUUCAAACGCUCAGCCAAUCAUCCAGCAUUCUACUGCUCAUGUACUCCCCCUCCUCUUUCACUCCACUUACCAUAUGUCUUCUAUAUAAACAGCACUUACCAUAUUUACACUAUAAGCAGGAACAUCACAAGGGCAUCUAGCCUUGAGCGGUGGCUGGAUGCGAGAUGUCUGAGAACUCAUCUGUAAACUGCUCUGAGCAGCUUUGAAGGAAAUGCUAAUGAAUUGAAGGGCAUAUAAACAGAAGCUCUGUAACGCUUGUCUUCAAAAUUAUACAUAUGGAAUGCAAUCUUCGUAUUUGACGUUGAAAUUUGAAGUUUGUCCAUAUAGUCAAUUUGAUGACGAAAAACAAAAAAGCUAUUGUUUUGACAACCAGUGUCAUUUCACCUGCUCAGGAACCUGAUUGUUAUUCCUGCUUCACAUUAAACAUAGAUUCAGUAAAAAUAUGUGCAUAUACAAUCAGUGCUGAAUGUUGACCCCAUAACUAGCAAGCAGUUGCUUUUAUGGGUCAGAUUUAUGGACAAGUAAAAUGAGAAGACUGUAGCGCUUUCUUCACUCCUCAGCUUUGGAAGUAGGCUCCAAGCAGAAGCAGAAUAUAGUACUAGUAACUAAACCAUGCACAAAACCACACUUAUUUUACAGAAUCCUAAGUGUAACCUGCUAGCUGCAGUGCCUAACUCAAUCAGUCUGCAUGCAAUCUCCAUCUUAAAACAGAAUGUAAACAUAGACCUUGUGGCUACAACACCAAUCUUUUUCGUUGUUGUUUUCUGUCUCUCCCCAACCCAACUCUGCAUAACAUCCAGUCUGAUGAAGAGUUCUGGAGAACUCAGAAGCUUACUCACUAUCUUGUGACAGUUUGGAUGGUCCUAAUGUAGAUAUUGCCCAGCUGGGUUUCAGUUUGUUUUUAAUAAAUCAACAUGACUUUAUUUUGCUUUUUUAUGAUUUCUUGCAGAGCACUCUUAAGGCCAGGCGGCAGCAGGACAUGUCAGAAUAGCAUAGUCACUGCCACAGUCCCGUCACUACACCAGCCAGGGCUGAAGGCAGACAAAACCCUGUUCCACGCUAAGCAGCUGGGGCCGAUUUUGUCAAAUGACAGUAGUGGGGCUAGCUCAGUCCCUACUCCUGGAACAUCCCAUUUGGGGGUUUCCCCAGGGGAGCUCUGCACCAGAGGAGAGAUGCCAGUGUCACUCCACAGGCAGAGGCUGGCAGAGCUAUUUUGGGCUGAUUGGAGGGAGACCUCUGCCCAUCUAAUUCUCCCCACCCCAGUGCAUCACAUUGGUGGUUUGGAUUGCAGCCUUGCCCUCUUCCAGACUGGUGAAGCAGCAGCUUGGUAAAUUCAAUUGGACUCAAAAGUGUCCUCUCUAAUUUUUUUUUGGUGGUAAGGGAGUAGCAGUUAGGACUUUAUGUACCUUUUUUUUACUUGCUACCUAUCCUGAUCCUUUUAGAAAGGGCAACUCAAAGAAUUCAACUAUUUGCUUAUGAACAUUCCAGAACUUUUUCUGUUAAACAUCCUAUUUGAAAAUCCAACUUGAUUGAAUUGUGUCUGAUACCUUAAUUGCAGUUCUUAAUGUUGUCUCAGCUCAAGAUUUCUGUAUGUGGGAUCUCCUUGGGCAUAUUUAAUUUUCUUUAACUGUGUCCAUUCCACUUAAUGCAAACUUGUGUUCAGCAUGAACACAAUUUUGUAAAUUCUGUAACUUAUGGGGGAAGCUCACUGGAUUGCAGCUUACCAAAUGCAGUUGAAUCUCUGCAAAUAAACAGACAUUCUACCAUAGAA